GAAAGCAGCACGAUGCGGGAUUUUCACCUGAAUAAUGAAACGUGCCUGAACGGCUCGGUGCUGAGGCUGUGGUGUGGCUCUCAGACCGCCGUUUGUUUGGUCACCACCGACGCGACCCUGAUCCAAACGCAACAGAACAGCACGGAGCAGAGCCCAGGUGCGAAGCCGUACACGUCCUACAACAUGUGGCUGGGCCUGGGGCUGGCGCUGCUGUCGGCCUUCCUGAUUGGUGGAAGCGUCAUCCUGAAGAAGAAAGCUCUCCUCCGAUUGGCCAGUAACGGACACACCAGAGCAGGUGACGGAGGACACGGAUACCUGAAGGACUGGCUGUGGUGGGGAGGCCUGUUGACCAUGGGAGCGGGGGAGGUGUGUAACUUCGCCGCCUACAUGUUCGCCCCGGCCACGCUGGUGACCCCACUGGGCGCUCUGAGCGUCCUCAUCAGUGCCGUUCUGUCCUCCUACCUGCUGGGGGAGGUGCUCAACCUUGUCGGGAAGCUCGGCUGCUUUCUCUGCGUGCUGGGGAGCGUUUUGUUGGUUAUUCACGCUCCACAGGAACAGGAAGUGAAGUCGCUGCAAGAGAUGGCCAAGAAGCUUCUGGAGCCUGGUUUCCUGGUGUACGUCGUGGCAGUGUUGGUUCUGUGCGCCGUGCUCGUCUUGUAUUUCUGUCCUCGGUACGGGCGGUCCAACAUCCUGAUCUACAUCAGCAUCUGCUCGCUGCUGGGAGCCUUCACCGUGUCGUCGGUGAAGGGCCUCGCCAUCGCCAUCAACACCGUGGUUUAUGACCUGUCUGUGCUCGCUCAUCCUCUCACCUGGAUCCUGCUCAUCACGCUCAUCGUCUCCAUAGUAACGCAGGUGAACUACCUGAACAAGUCUCUGGACACCUUCAACACCCUGCUGGUGUACCCCAUCUACUAUGUCCUCUUCACCUCCGUGGUUCUGUCCACCUCCAUCAUCCUCUUCCAGGAGUGGAGCAGCAUGGCCGCCGUGGACGUGGUCACCACGCUGGGCUCCUUCCUGGUCAUCGUGGUGGGCGUGGCCAUGCUGCACCUGUUCAGGGAGCUGCAGAUUACAAUGAGGCAGCUGACCAAUCAGCUUUCUCAGCCAGUGGAGAGGGAGGGGCUUACAGAGGAAGUCUCAGCCAGCGGAGGAGGAAGAGGAGGGAGGAAUAAAAAGGAGGAUAAGUAUGGACUCAUGGACAACGUGGUGAUAGAAAGUCUGCCUCCUAUGAGGGAGGAGGGCCCCAGAGUCUUCAUCAUCAGCUGAACGAGGAGAAGGAGGAGGAGUUGUUUCUGACUGUUACCAUCAUCUUAAGCACUUUUUAACCUUUCACACCUCCAGUUUAACGCUUCA